AUGGCAGACAACGUAUCAGUAGUAUCAGAGACAGAGUCUGAGCUGACUACUGCUUCAGUCGAUGGACCACCCAUAGCUGCUAGCGUCAGAAAACAACUGUUUACCUGUGUAUCUUGUCGUGUUGCUUUCAAAAGCCCAGAAGAACAACGAGAUCACCAUAGGACUGAUUGGCACAGAUACAAUCUCAAGAGGAAGGUGGCCGACUUGCCUCCUGUUACUGCUCAAGGCUUUGUAGAACGAGUUCAAGCUCAACAAACCAAAACCAAGGAAGAUGAAACUCGACAACAUGCAACAUUCGAAUGCUCGAUAUGUACAAAGACAUACUCUACAGAAAACGCAUAUACGAACCAUCUACAGUCAAAGAGACACAAGGAACUGGCUUCUGCUACUGGUGUUAAUGCGGCAACUAUACCUACAGUUAGAAUCGCCCAACAACAGGAUGCCAACAACAAUAGCAGGAGUGCUGCUGCCGUCACUACAACACAAGAGCUAUCAACGAUGGAAGUUGAUGAAGAAGAGCAUCCAGACUUCCGUGCUCAACUUGCCAAUGCUACGACGGAAGAGCAAGUACAGGCUAUCUGGGAAGCCAAGGUUGCUUCUGCUCCAAGGCUGGACGAAACUGACUGCUUGUUCUGUUCUCACAAGAGCUCCACUUUUGAAUCAAAUAUGACACAUAUGACCAAAGCCCACUCCUUCUUCAUCCCAGAUAUGGAGUACUUGCCCGACAUUAAAGCACUGAUUGCAUAUCUAGCUGAGAAGAUCUCAGUAUAUAAUAUCUGCUUAUAUUGUAAUGGUAGAGGCAAAUCAUUCCACUCCAUUGAAUCAGUUAGGAAACAUAUGAUUGAUAAAGGCCACACCAAGAUCUGGUAUGGUCACGAUGAUGGUGGUGGAGACGGUGUUGACGUAUGUGAGUUUUAUGACUUUUCAGCCACAUGGGAUGGCGUGAAUGAUGAAGAUGCUGGUUGGGAAGAUGAUGAAGAGGAAGCAGAUGAAGAAGUCGAAGAUGAUGACAAAGAUGCCAAUGGUGAAUCUAGUAGCAUGGAUGUCGAGUCUGAUGCUAAACCGGAGGAAGCCUUGUCUAGUGCCGUAAUACAUGCCAACGCUCGUAGACUGCUACGAGAUAGUAGUAAACCAGCUCCAAAACCAUUACCUACAUCAUACGAAACAAACCCUGAACUAGUCUUACCAUCUGGUAGACGUGUAGGUCAUCGAGCAUAUCUCGUAUACUGGAAGCAAUCAAUCCCACCAACCUCUCCAUCAUCCAAUAAAUCCAUCUUGCAGCGCCUCAAGCAAGAAUAUAAACAGCUGGGAUACUAUUCUAAUAACGGAAGUACAUUGGUAGGAUGGGAUACCACAAAGCUGAUUGCUGCACGUAAGGAAGUUAUGGGUCGUCAAGCUCAAGCUAGGUUGAAUAUGAGAGCAUACACUGACUUUAGAGCUAAAGUCGGGUACAAGCAAAACUCUCAAAAGCACUUCCGAGACCAAACCGGCUUCAUUGGCUGA